GGGGAGAGAGAGGAGGGCGAGAGGAGGGCGUGUGGGGGAGGGAUGGCUACGAAGAGGAGGAAGCGAAGUGCAACGUGGGUUCACUGCUCCUUGACGCUCCUCCUGUUGGUACCCUUCCGUCAUGUGUCUUGCAAGAAUGUCAGCGUGUCGUACCCGUUCUUCAACAACAUCACCAUGGGCGAUCCUGUUAGGAUAGCAAUUACCAUGCCGAUUACAUCACGCGGGGACGAGGAUGGGCCGAUUGAGAAGAUGAGGUUCUUCAACUCUUUCUUGCCCUCGUUCCUGGAGACGGCGAUUCCAACAUCGUUUCCGUGCACCUUCGAGUUCUGGAUAGGCUAUGACAAAGGAGACAAAAUUCUGGACAAUGAGAGAGGGCGGCAUACGUUUGAGUCGGUGUUUCGGAAGAAGGUAGAGAGUGUUUCAAAGGCACAGCAGUGUGGACAAGCUGGAUGCUUCAAAAUCACGAUGAUGGACUUUCCGUACUCCAAUACACUGACUGCACUUUGGAAUGGACUGAACAAUGCAGCGUUCAGAGACGGUUGUCACUACUUCUUCAUGCCCAACGAUGACCUGCUCAUGCGCACUAGUGGCUGGCCUUCUGCCUUUCUUGCACUGUUAGCCUCCAGCACGCUCAAACCGAAUCUUGGGGUCACCGGGCCGAACGAUCCCGUGUCGGGCAGAGCCGACAUCCCUUCAAUGCCCUGUGUGCACAGAACUCACCUGCACAUCUUCAAUGGUCAGACCCUUCCAUCCACCUUCCAGAAUUGGUACAACGACGUCUGGCUCGGGAAUGUCUACAGGGCUUUCGAUGCAUGCCUCAUGGCCAAAGACAUCGCUGCUCGGAACCAUGACGGAUGUCAGGACCCAGAGAGGUGCAGCAGGUAUGUUCUCGGGGAAGGAGCUUUCGCUCCAUGGCAGGAGGAGACACACAGAGGACGGCUACAGGUGUUGAUGUGGUUGUCAGAACAGGGAGUUGCGGUGUCGAGGGACACUGUGCUGAACAAGCAAGUUGUGAUUUGAUUACACAACGUUCUAGAGCUACGUCACUUGGAUGAUCGCUUUGAGUAAAUUCCAGUCACGAU